AGACGCAGUGGAGAGGGGCGUGGCCAAACGAGAGAGAGAGAGAGAGAGAGAGAGAGAGAGAGAGAGAGACGCAGCGGGACCUCGAGUUGGAGAAGACUGUUAACCGCUCGCCCCAGCAGCGCUUCAGAUAAGAAAAACCCAUCACCCGCCCGCGCGCGCGCGCCAUGGACGACACGGUGACCAAACCCCCCGAGCAGCAGUAGGAUGUGAGAUCUACAGAGAGCCACUGAGAAGAGAGAGAGAGAGAGCGAGAGAGACAGAGAGAGAGAGAGAGAGAGCGGCAUCCCCCCCUCCACCACCCCCACCUCCUCCUCCUCCUCGUUUUCCUCAUCUUCUUCAUCUUCGCCGGGUGAUCUGGUCUCAGGUGCUCCAUCCAUCGUCGUGUUGGCUGAUCCUGGAGGGGAGAAAUGAAGAAGUUCAACAUCCGGAAGGUGCUGGACGGCCUGACGGCCGUGUCGUCCCCCUCGCCGUCCCCGCAGUCCGGGGCUAAGGAGAACGACUUCAUCAUCCCGGAGACCAUCCAGUCCGAGCACUUUCAGCUGUGCAAGACUGUCCGCCAUGGCUUUCCCUAUCAGCCGUCCUCCAUGGCAUUCGACCCUGUCCAGAAAAUCCUCGCCAUUGGGACUCAAAGUGGAGCUUUACGAUUAUUUGGUCGACCUGGUGUGGAAUGUUACUGUCAGCACGAGAGUGGAGCAGCCGUCAUCCAGCUACAGUUCCUUAUAAACGAGGGGGCACUAGUGAGCGCUUUAGCAGACGACAGUGUUCACCUAUGGAACCUGCGACAGAAGAGACCGGCUGUGCUCCACUCGCUGAAGUUCAACAGGGAGAGGAUAACGUUCUGUCAUCUGCCUUUCCAAAGCAAGUGGUUAUACAUCGGCACAGAACGAGGAAACAUCCACAUCGUAAACGUAGAGUCGUUCACCCUCUCAGGAUACACCAUCAUGUGGAACAAAGCCAUUGAACUGUCCUCCAAGGCCCACCCUGGCCCUGUCGUCCACAUAAGUGAUAACCCAAUGGAUGAAGGCAAGCUCAUAAUAGGAUUUGAGUCUGGCAUCGUGGUGUUGUGGGAUUUGAAAUCAAAGAAGGCUGACUACCGCUACACUUAUGAUGAGGCGAUCCAUUCUGUGGCCUGGCACCACGAGGGGAAACAGUUCAUCUGCAGUCACUCAGAUGGCACACUGACCAUAUGGAAUAUAAAGUCCCCAGCCAAGCCUGCACAGACAAUCACCCCACAUGGAAAGCAGCCCAAGGAUGGAAAGAAGCCAGAGCCAUGCAAACCCAUUCUCAAAGUAGAGUACAAGACGACGAGAGCAGGUGAACCAUAUAUGAUCCUGUCUGGUGGUUUAUCGUACGACACGGUGGGUCGGCGGCCAUGUUUGACUGUAAUGCAUGGGAAGAGCACUGCAGUGCUUGAAAUGGACUAUCCCAUUGUAGACUUCCUCACACUCUGUGAAACGCCAUAUCCUAAUGAUUUUCAGGAACCUUAUGCUGUAGUGGUCCUUCUAGAAAAGGAUUUAGUUGUUAUUGACCUUGCACAAAAUGGUUAUCCUAUCUUUGAGAACCCGUACCCCUUGACGAUUCACGAGUCUCCAGUGACGUGUUGUGAAUAUGUUGCUGAUUGUCCCGUGGACCUCAUACCUGCACUUUACUCAGUUGGCUCCCGCCAAAAACGACAGGGCUACAGCAAAAAGGAAUGGCCUGUAAGUGGUGGAAACUGGGGCCAGGGCACACAAAGCUAUCCUGAAAUAAUAAUUACUGGGCAUGCUGAUGGUUCAGUUAAGUUUUGGGAUGCCUCUGCAAUAAUGCUCCAAGUGCUGUACAAACUGAAGACAGCCAAGGUGUUUGAGAAGGCGCGCAGUAAGGAAGAAAAGCCAAGCACAGAGAUUGUGGAUGAGGAUCCGUUUGCCAUCCAGCUCAUGUCAUGGUGCCCGGACAGCCGCAUGCUGUGUGUAGCCGGAGUGUCCGCCCACGUCAUCAUCUACAGAUUUAGCAAGCAGGAAAUCACCACCGAGGUUGUACAGUUACUUGAAGUCAGAUUGCAGUAUGAACUGAAUGACCUAGAUUCACCAGAAGGGGGUGGGUACCAGACACCAGCUCCUCCCACUCCAAGCACCUCCCCUAGCCCACAGACCUCCGGCCCCCAGACACACCAUUCUACCAGCAGCAACUCUUCAGAUGGCAUAAGAGAUAAUGUGCCCUGCCUGAAGGUACGCAAUAGUCCUCUAAAGCAGUCUCCAGGCUAUCAGGUAGAAUUGGUGGUGCAGUUGGUGUGGGUCAGCGGAGAGCCUCCCCAGCAGAUAAGCAGCCUGGCUAUCAACUCCUCAUAUGGCUUGGUGGUUUUUGGCAAUACUAAUGGCCUGGCAGUGGUAGAUUACCUCCAGAAGACUGUUCUUUUGAAUCUGAGCACCGUGGAGCUGUAUGGAUCCAACGACCCAUACCAGAGGCAACCCAGAUCACCUCGCAAGAGCAGACAACCUUCUGGAGGGCUGUGUGACAUCAACGAGGGCUCAGCCACGUCGGAGGAUCGCUGUAAAUCCCCCACCUCAGUGUUGAUGUCUAACCAUCAGCAAUUCUACAAUGGCGGAGGUAGAGGAGCAAGGAUGUCACGGAAAUUAAGCUUGCCAACUGAGCUAAAGCCAGACUUGGUCCUACUCUCUGUAUGUCCUCCGCGGGGUGCCGUACCCCUAGACAACAGGGACAACUCCUUCAGCCGCUCAAGAAGUUCCAGUGUGACCAGCAUUGAUAAAGAAGCACGGGAGGCCAUCACAUCAUUCUAUUUCUGUGAGACGUACUCGCGCAAGACGGACAGCACGCUGACACCAGCCCUGUGGGUUGGCACUUCCUUGGGCACUGUCCUCUCUAUCUCUCUGAGCAUGCCGCCUGCUGGAGAACAGAGGCUACUGCAGCCAGUCAUUGUCUCACCCAGUGGUACUCUCAUCAGACUAAAAGGCAGCAUCAUCCGAAUGGCCUUCCUGGAUGCCACAGGGUCCCUACUUCCCCCGGCUUCUGAGCUGUGGUAUGAACCCAAUGCCCCGGCCAACGGAGAAGAGAGAGAAAGGGGGAGAAAGAGGCGUCCAGUGUCGGUCUCACCAUCCACCUCACAGGAACUGAAUGAGCACCAGUAUGCUGUGGUGUGCUCAGAGAAACAGGCCAAAGUCAUUGCCCUGCCCUCGCAAAACUGCAUUUUCAAGCACAACAUCACAGAGACGUCCUUCGUGCUGCGGGCUGAUGUGGUGCAGUCAGGGUCUGGCAUCUGUUUGACCUGCUUUUGCGCAAACGGACACAUUAUGACCCUCAGUUUACCUGGGCUGAGACCAUUACUGGAUGUCAACUACCUGCCACUGACAGACAUGAGGAUAGCCAGAACCUUCUGCUUCACUAAUCUAGGUCAGGCCAUGUACCUGUGCUCCCCCACUGAGAUUCAGAGGAUAACCUACAGCCAGGAUGUCUGUGAGAACCUGCAGGAGAUGCUUGGUGAGCUGUUCACUCCAGUGGAAACGCCGGAAGCUCCAAACAGGGGAUUCUUCAAAGGCCUUUUUGGAGGAGGAGCUCAGUCGCUGGACAGAGAAGAACUCUUUGGGGAGUCAGGUGCGGGGAAGGCGUCCAGGAGCCUUGCCCAGCACAUUCCUGGCCCGGGGGGCAUUGAAGGCAUGAAAGGGGCAGCAUCAGGCAUUGUGGGUGACCUGGCUCGAGCCCGGAUAGCACUGGAUGAAAGGGGGCAGAAACUGAGUGAGGUGGAGGAGAAAACAGCAGCAAUGAUGGCUAGUGCCGACUCAUUCUCCAAACACGCCCACGAGAUGAUGCUGAAGUGUAAGGACAAGAAAUGGUACCAGUUCUAAUCUGUGGACCAGCACAGAGCCCAAAGGGACUCAACCAUCUUCCUACAGAGCAUCAUCUUCCUCUCAUCUGUUCCACCCUCCCUUCAAUCAUCUCUUCUUUGCUGGAACAGUGGGAUUCCUCGUUCUUUUUUGGCACAAUGUUUAAAACUGUGUUGACCUCAGUCCCACUGUAGGAACUGCAUGGGAAAAGAUGUGUGAAAGAUGGACCUCAUCUCAAAAAAGAUACAACAGAACCACUACGACAGUGUCUGCCUUUUUCGUUGUUUUUGUUUGGUUAUUAUUGCCAUCUCUCUUUCUGUGGCAAAUCAUCUUGAGGGCCCUGCAGUUCCAUCUCCUCAUAUUCAUGCUGUCCUUUCUGCGUUUACCUCCGUCCUUCCCACAAGGAAACCAGUAACAUGUUGGAGGGGGUGGGGUGGAUGGGGGAGAGACAAACAGAACCAGAAUAAUAAUGAAAAAAAUGAAAUAAAAAGAACACUGUUAAAAAAACGAACGUGGGAAAAGAAAACACAUAUACAUAGCUCUAUAUAAAUCUCUAUAAAACUACAUAACUGAUCAAAGUCAUAUUUACUCUUGACAGCGUACAUCAAGAGGACAGCUCACUAGAGCAAAGUGAGCAGAACUUUUGAAAAGCGCCUGUUUACAGGAAGUGAUGAUGUGAUCGUAAUGGGGGAGACGGGCUGUUUGACUGAACCCAAGAUUUGCUCUCCCUCCCCUUUAUUCAGACUCCUCAUAGUUCAGUGUCAUAUUUUUGCAUAUUACACCAACACUCCUCCUCUGUUUGUCUGUGGCCCUGUAGGUUCCUUUCCUCCUAUUUAUUUAUUUUCUCUUUAUUUUUUUAUUUAACAAGGAACUAACACAAAAUGUAACGUUUAAUAUAUAUUGUAAAUGUCUAAUUGAAUAUUGAAAGUUUUUUGACUGAUAUUUUGAUUCACAUUUGGGAAUUGUUUAUUGUUGAUAUCAGUACAAUAAUACUUUACAUUAAAGUACCAUCUCCAAAGGGUUUAUAAUUAGUUGAUAGAUAAUAUAGAUAUAAGUAAUUAUAAAGAGUAAUAUAGAUCUAUGGAAAUUGUACAUUGACUACUUAUAAACCUAGUUUAAAAAAAAGAGAAAAAAUAUUUUUAGAUGGUAUUUUCAUGUGAUUAGUUGUUCAGACAUCCAGUGUAAUCUCCCAUGAACUUCACUGCAGAAAAGGGCUGGUUUGGUUGAAAAUAGGGGGAUCUUGAUAUGGGAAAGUUAUGGCACUACCAGACUGGAAAUCUAUCAUCUAUUAUUAGGGAUGAAACCUCUAGUACAAAUGUAACACAAUCAGACCUCUGCUCUGGAAGUGAAGCGUUAAUGUGAAGGGAUUUUUGUGUAUGCUUCUUGGCAUCUUUUUGCCAGGUGCCCGGUAUGCUCUGGCUGGAGUUGUUCCCUAUUUUUGUUAGUUUGUUGUAGUUUCAGAUGGUUGCACUUUGCUCUACAUAUCUCAUUUACAAGUGCUGGCUGUUUUGUUUGAGAUAGGAGCACUUAUGGUAUAUAAUUGUGGAUAAAAAGGACCUGCGCUGUAGGUCUGGGUAUUCAGGAAUCGGUAUUCUAUGUUUGGUCCUGUACGUUCAUCAUUCUGGCCUUCAAAGUCCACUGAACUUCAAGUGACGUCUGGAUAUUGUUUUUGUGUGGCCGUCAACAAAUGAAAUGUGGUGUACACUUCUUGGCGGACUUUGCUUGAAGAUCAGUGUUUGACUCCAGGAUCUGCUGUCUGCUCACUGUUGGAAGAUAAACUGGGCCUUACACCAGUGACACAUGGGUAAUGUAGUCUGUGAAUCUUCCCGAUUGGACUCACAGUCCACGGCUUAAGGUCACUUUGGGAUGGAAUCUUCAUCUUGUUAUUAAAGCCAUACCAGCUGUUGAAAUUUUAUUUGAGCCAGUGUGUGCACAGUUAUCGUGGACAAUUGUAUAUUCAAAUAUGAAAGAAAAAAAAAACAAAAUUACAGCAAUCUCUUCAGAAUACACUGCUCCAAUGCUCAUGAUACUGUACUUUCAGUGUGAUAAUAUGAAUAUGUUUGAUCUAAUUUAUAGUGUGCAAGAAAAAUGCUGCUAUAUAUGUUUGUGCAUAAGAAGACUCAUUUGUCUGUCCGGAUUUUGAUUUUGAUGUUUUGAGCUCUCUCUCUUUUUCUCUCUCUCUCCCUCUCUUUCUAUUUCCCUCUUGCUCUCUCUCGCUUGCCUCUCUCUCUCUCUUGCCUUUCUGCCCAAGUGUUUUUUUGCCAUUCUGUAAAUAAACAAGUGUGACAAUCUGGGACCAUAACACAAAGAGCGGGAGCGGAUGAAUCAGCGCAGAGACAGUUGCCAUAUCUUUUUAAACACCAAAGAUUUAUUUUCGUUACGUUGUGUAGUUCACUGUUACACCUAUCUGUGCCCGACCUCUCUGGAGCUCAUUCGUUCUACUCUGAGGUCUCACCUGACCUUCUUGGCCUUGUGCCAACAAAACAAAGCCUUUUGUGUUUAUCCAACUUCUUUUUAAAAAAUUAGAAAAAAGAUUGGAUAAAUUAAUUAAAGCCAACCUGUUUUAGACUAUAAAUAGUUCUAGGUGUUCGAUUCUGUGUGUUAGUUUUAAAUAUGCUAUCAUUUAUCUCCAUCCCUCUUUAUUUGCCAUUCCUCAUCGAUUCAGUCAGGCUGUUUAAUGUGCCAGAUUUUCCCCUUCUGUCGUUUUAUUCAUUGUAAAACACUUUGUGUGUGUGUGUGUGUGUGUGUGUGAGAGAGAGUGUGUAUGCCUUGAAAGAAAGGGACUGUGAGCUGACUGAGACUUGGUGGACAAUAACACACUGUCAGUCCUGUUACUGAGCACAUUUGUGUGUCUUUACAUAGUGUUUUUAGCUUAUGAACUGUCUACAUUUAUGGAAUGGUAAAGAUGGCCAUGGAUUUAAAGGAGAGUGUAUUAGAGUGUGUGCUCUGACCGUGUAAUGCUGUGCAUGUCUAUAGACAGAGAGUCUGAAGCUGAAGACUUCAGAGUGUGCCAAGAGGUUUUAGCACAAAUAAACCAAAUCCAGCGAAGACUGGUGAGACUGACUGUGAUAGAUGGAUAAAGUUUGUGCAGAAUCUGCUGUGUCUAUUUAAGGACUUGGAAGUCAUUAUGGGAAAACCUGGAUGUCCUUGAGCCCCACUAUCAUUGUCAAUCAAUAAUAUGAUCUGUGUGUAUGAGUAAAUGUUUCAAUAAUAUCAAGUACAGUGUUCGAGCCACUCUCAGGCUGUGUAUCCUCUCAAGCCAGUUUUCAGGUCGCACCUCCGGUUUGCUUCAUAACGAUUCAUAACGAUUUAGUAUGCACUGUCAGUGUGGACGUCGGUUGUUAGCCCUUUGUAAUCUUCCAAGAAAAAAAAAAAUACUUGAGGAAAAUAAGAUGUCUGAUAUUUUUCCUGUCUCUUGUCCUGAAUUUUGAUUAAUUUUGUUUUUCUUUUUUUAUUUUAAAGAAAAAGAAUCAGUUUUAUCUUGUCUUUUGGUGAACUGUCAAUAAUGUCACCAGAACAUUGUAUCUUGAUCUAGUAUACUUCUGAAGAAGAUCUCUUUCAUCCUCCAUCUUCUGUCCUCCAAAUAACGGUUAUCAGUGGGUUGCAGUAUUUUUUCUCAUUGUAGCCAAUUUUCUUGUACAGUUUUAUGCAAAUUUCACAUGGAUGUUUAUGAAUAUCUGCUGCCACAAACGAUUUAGAAUUUCUGUAGAUAGAAAUUACUGUGCAAUGGGAAAUAAAAAUGAUAUAAAAACA